UGUGUAUUAUAAUUGUUCUAAAACUUUGAUUGUAGAUGGCUCUCAUUGCACGGCUCCAACACCCCUUUAUCGUUGAGUUCAAGGAAGCUUGGGUGGAGAAGGGUUGCUAUGUUUGUAUCGUCACUGGUUAUUGUGAAGGAGGAGACAUGGCUGAGUUAAUGAAGCGAUCAAAUGGGACAUACUUCCCGGAAGAGAAACUGUUGAAAUGGUUUUCACAAUUAAUACUAGCUGUUGAGUAUUUGCACUCCAAUUUCGUUCUACAUCGUGAUCUCAAGUGCUCAAAUAUAUUCCUUACCAAAGACCAGGACAUCCGCCUUGGGGACUUUGGACUUGCAAAAACUCUGAAGGCGGAUGAUUUGGCUUCUUCUGUUGUUGGAACUCCCAAUUACAUGUGUCCUGAGCUGCUUGCUGAUAUUCCUUAUGGAUUCAAGUCAGACAUCUGGUCUCUAGGUUGCUGUAUGUAUGAGAUGGCUGCCCAUAGACCUGCUUUUAAAGCUUUUGAUAUGGCUGGCCUUAUAAGUAAGAUAAACAGGUCCUCUAUGGGUCCUCUGCCUCCAUGUUAUUCACCUUCCAUGAAGGUGCUUAUCAAAAGUAUGUUAAGAAAAAACCCGGAGCACCGACCAAAUGCAUCAGAGGUUGUAAGACACUCUUACCUACAACCUUAUAUCAACCAGUAUCGUCCCUCCCCUGAUCCAUCAAGCGUGACUCGGACACCAGAGAAGCCCAUUUCACGUGGUAGCCAGAAGAACAUGUCUGAUAGCCAAAAUAGUAGUGUAUCCAGCAGUGAUAUUGACAGUUUGCAUUCCAGCGAGAGAAUCACAUCAGGGCUUGCAUUAAACUCUGAUAACAAGAUGGCAGAAAGUGAUUCUGCUUCAACUGAUGAUGUUGGCUUUGACGGUAACUGCAGUGAGUUGCACACGCCAGAUGAGAAAGAUGGCAGUGAUGUUCCAAAUGCAGGAACAUACAAGCAAGGCUCGCCAAAUUCUGUGCAUGUUGAUCAACAGAGGAAAGUUGAGCCGAAGCAGCUGAAAACUGUGAAGAACAUACUGGGGGUUCUUAAAGAAGAGGUGAAACUUAGGAAAAGUAGCUCUCCAGUGCGAGGCAGUCGCAUAAAAACCACAGCUUUGCCUAGCGACAGAAACGCCAUUGAUCCAUCACCUAAGGUUCCUAAACCUGCCAGCACAACUCCAGAUCAAUCAUCUAAGAUUCCAAAACCUUUAAGCAGUUGUUCUUCUAGUUCCAGGUCUAGCUCAGAAGUUUCAGGAAGUGAAGUAGCUAAGACCAAUAAUGAUUCAGUGAAAAGAGUGCAGGUGCCUCAGGCCCUAAAACAUAUGUUACCUGUAGUUGAGUCCUCUCCAAAAACUAAGGCUAGAAUCGAGGAGCCUCCACCCUCUGAUACUAUGAAGCACGUCACUGAGGUCAGCAUUCCUUCUAGGACCAGGCAAAGGCCUCCACCUUCCACUAUCACAAGGAAACUUGCCAUCCCUAUUCCUAAACCUAAAAGUCCUGAAAAUCCAAACCAGGUUAGUAAAGGGACCAAGAGAGCACCAGCAAAGAGUAAUCGGGAGCGUGAGAAGAGCCCCAGUCAUAUUGCCUUUAUCCCCAAGGUAGUGACAAAGCCAGUCCAGAAGUCAGAAAAGAGUCCUUUAGACCCCUUGACAGGAAAGCAAUUGGAUGCAGGAAGCUUAAAAGCAACAUCUGCUCUAACAGAAGAGCUUCCGCCGAUGAACUUGCUUGUUCAUGAUGAGCUCACACAAUCCAAAGAUUCAGGAUACGACCCACCUCGUUGCUCAGUGUCUUCUUCUAGCACUCCUCCAUGGCAUGAACCAAAUCAUAUUGCCUUUGUCUCCAAGCAAACGAUUAAUCACGUCAAAAAGUUAGAAAAGAGUCCUUCAGAUGCAGGCAGCUUGAACGCAAUGGCUGCUUCAACAGACGAGCUUCCAUUAGCUAUAAUUAAGGAACAGAACGACCCAUGCUCGUUGAACGCAGUUAAUCAUGAUGAAGAAGUUAUGCAGUCCAAAGAUUCAGAAUAUGACCCACCUCAUUCCUCAGUUUCUUCACCUUGCACACCGCCAAGGCCUGGACAUAACUGUACUGCUUCCAUCUCCAAGCAACUGAUCAAUAAGUUAGAAAAGAGUUCUUCAGAUUCCUUCAUAGGGAAGCAGUUGGAUGUCAGCAGCUCGAAAGCAACAACUGUUUCAACUGAAGAGCUUCCUUCAGUGAUAAUUAAGGAAGAGAACAGUCCACAUUCCUUGCUCUCGCUUAAUCAUUUUGAAGAGGUCAUGCAAUCCAAAGAUUCAGGGUAUGAUCCACCUCGGUGCUCAGUUUCUUCUUCUAGUACCCCUCCCAUGCAUGAAUAUUCCUCUAGAGAGCGUCAUGUGGAUCGCAAGUGUAUACCAAACCUUGAAGUUGAUGUUGUGGACUUGCAGAAGAGUACUGCUAGUAACGAUGAAAUGAGUUCAAGUUCAGUCUUGGAUCCAUCUUUCCCAGGCUCUGAGCAAGAAUUUAUUUGCAGAGAUGACCUCAGUCCCAUUUCACCACUGGUUGGGGAUGACAAAUUUACAGUCAGGGAACAUGCAUCCGUUACUGAUGCUGCACCUAAUAUAUCAACAUCCUCAAAGAGCUUUGUGGAAGAUAAGGUACCAAUCCUGAACCAGACUAUCGAAAAGCCAUCUGCUCCUCAUCUGCCUCCAGCCUUUGAUGAUGUUAUCCAUGUCAUAAGGCAUAGCAGCUUCAGGGUUGGCACUGAGCAGCCAGUGAUUGAAAGAGUUGAAAUGGGUGUUCAGAACAUGGAUGUGGGAAAACUAUUGAAUGCUGUUAGAGAGGAAGUGGAACUGAGAAACACAGCACCGUCACUGGUGAAGUCACCAGGACUAAUAGAGGCUACAAGUUCAAAAUCAAACGCAUUGGAUAAUAACAGCAUUAAGGAAAGACCCAACAGCGCAGAAACUGUGAGAUCGAAUCCUACUACCGAGGUCUCAUUGCCAACAAAGGAAGAGGAGACUCCUGCGAAAGAGAUAUUGGAUGUGAAAUCUUUCAGGCAAAGAUCCGAGGCUCUUGAAGGGUUAUUGGAGCUUUCAGCUGACCUGCUGCAAAAUAACAGGUUGGAGGAGCUUGCUGUUGUCUUGAGGCCAUUUGGAAAGGAUAAAGUCUCUCCAAGAGAAACUGCAAUUUGGUUGGCAAAGAGUCUCAAAGGGAUGAUGUCUGACGAUAAUCGCUCUCCGUGAUGAGAUUUUCUGUUUUUAUUGUCGUUGUGAAUGCGUCGAUGGUGUUGUUCUGUUUCUCUCAUUUGUGGUGUUCAAAAUUAUUGAUUUCUUUGCAGAGGAAGAGGAAUGAUGUAAAUAGUCAAAUUUGCGUACGAAAUGAGUACAGUCCAAAUCCUGAAACUGAAAGAUGAAAUAGCAUCAAGAGUUUCUGUUCUGAGCAAUGUUAUCGUGAGAUGCGUGAUGUAACAAAAGAUUCAAGCGUAUACUUUUUGAGUCCGUUGCUGCGUGAUAUUUCAACGGCUAACUUGGUUGCUUUAUAUCUCCAUCCAACUUUCAAACUU